UUUUCAAAAAUACUUCAUCUUUAAUUUUUUCCCUAUUAAUUUAAUUUGAUUUGUAUUAUUCCUUUUUUUUAGGUUAUAUCAACUGAAGCAAGAGCAAUGCACAACUUAGGGCACGCUGGGCUAACGUUUUGGAGCCCAAAUAUAAAUGUGGCAAGGGAUCCAAGAUGGGGCAGAAUCUUAGAGACUCCUGGAGAGGACCCAUAUGUUGUAGGGACAUAUGCCUCUAAUUUUGUCAGAGGACUACAAGAUGUGGAAGGCACCGAGAAUUUCUGGGAUUUGAACUCGAGACCUCUUAAAGUUGCCGCUUGUUGCAAGCACUACGCGGCGUAUGACGUCGACAAUUGGCUCGGCGUUGACCGCUUACAUUUUGAUGCAAGGGUGACAGAGCAAGAUAUGCUGGAAACAUUUCUUAAGCCAUUUGAAAUGUGUGUAAAAGAUGGUGACGUGAGCAGUGUGAUGUGUUCAUACAAUAGGGUCAACGGAAUCCCUACUUGUGCUGAUCCCAAGCUUUUGAAAGGAACAAUCCGAGGAGAAUGGGAUCUUCAUGGGAAUGCAGUUGAGGGGGGGAAGGUGAGGGAAGCCGAAAUAGAUAAAUCCCUUAAGUACCUCUACACAGUGAUGAUGAGGUUAGGGUUCUUCGACGGCAGCCAUAACUUCGAAAAUCUUGGAAGUCGCGACAUUUGCUCUAAAGAACACGUGGAGCUGGCAACCAGGACGGCCAGAGAAGGAAUUGUUCUCCUCAAGAAUGACAAUCAAACAUUGCCUUUGAAUUCUCACGACAUUAGAAUCCUAGCUCUUGUUGGCCCUCAUGCUAAUGCCACAAAAGCCAUGAUUGGCAAUUACGAAGGUGUUCCAUGUAAGUACACAUCACCCAUUUCCGGGUUCUCAAAGUACACUAAAGUGGUGUACGAGAUGGGGUGCGGAGACGUCCAAUGCAAGAACGAGAGUUUGAUAUUCCCGGCGGUAGCGGCGGCAAAGAAGGCAGACGCCGCCGUGGUUGUAGUGGGAAUAGACUUGGGCGUGGAAGCGGAGAGCAAAGACCGGGUGGAUCUUCUCCUCCCAGGCUACCAAACUCAGCUCGUUAACCAAGUCGCCGCCGUCGCCAAGGCCCCCAUCACCCUCGUCAUAAUGUCCGCCGGCGGCAUCGACAUUUCUUUCGCCAAAAAUAAUUCCAAUGUCGGCGCCAUUCUCUGGGCUGGGUAUCCCGGCGAAGAAGGUGGCCGCGCCAUCGCCGAUGUUGUCUUUGGACAUUAUAACCCUGGAGGGAGGCUACCAUUAACAUGGCACGAAGCAAGCUACGUGGAUGCAUUGCCAAUGACAUCAAUGCCACUAAGGCCAAUACACCACUUGGGCUACCCGGGAAGAACAUACAAGUUCUUCAACGGCUCCACCGUGUACCCCUUCGGCCACGGCCUGAGCUACACCACCUUCAACCACCGCCUCCUCGCCGCCGACCGGAAACUCGCCGUCAAGCUCAACAGGUUCCAGCACUGCCGCCACCUCAACUACACCUCCGGUUCGCGCCCGCCGCCGUGCCCCGCCGUGUCGAUCGACGACCUGGACUGCGACGGUGGCGGCGUCGCGAAGGUCGGGUUCGAGGUCCGGGUGGAGAACGGAGGGGAGAGGGACGGGAGCGAGGUGGUGAUGGUGUACGCGGUGCCGCCGGCGGAGGUGGCGGGGGCGCCGCUGAAGCGGCUGGUUGGUUUCGAGAAGGUGUUUGUGGAGGCGGGGAGGAGCGGGCGUGUGAAGUUUGAGGUGGACGCUUGCAAGAGCUUUGGGUUGGUUGAUCAUAAGGGUUAUCAUCUCUUGGCUUCGGGUGAGCACAAAAUCGUGAUUGGUCACGGUCCGCUUUCUUUCCCGGUCCGGGUUGAGUUUUUUUAGACUUUGUUUGAAGUCAAUUAGAUUUGACAAAUAACUCCUACCAGUACGUUUUUUUUUGUAUGAUUAGAGUGACUAUAGUAGUCUAGUAGUCCGUAGUAGUUUUGUUACAUUUAUUUACUCGGAAUUGGUAGUGUCAAGUUUCAGCGCGCAGCUUUUAAUAAAAGCAAAUUAUAUCCUACAACCCGCAAAUUAAUGUUACACUUAUUUUUUUUAAUCAUUAAAGUUAAAAUUGGAUAAAUACUUAGAGGGGACGGAAAAUAGUAUAUUUAUACUUGGGUAGAAGAGAGAGGUUGUAAUUCUGAAUAAUAGGGAUUACGAAUU